CUAGCUGCCCUUACUGCUCUACCAAACAUUAGAUGACGGCAACACAUGCCUGACUCUAGACCACGCACUUCUACCGGAAGUUCAAAGCUGUCGAGCUAGCGGACUGUUCUAAAAGCAAUCCUUUUGAACCUCAACGUUUCUAGGUUUAACAGGACACGGAGUCUAGGAAUACGAUGCAGAACUACCAACGUCCAAGUAGGCCAUCCUUGUUAAGCUAGGUAUGAGCCUGGGCCCCGUCCGUUGCUUCCGCCUGACAGCAAUCCAUGUCCGAUCAGCUUGCGCUCUGGAGAUCGCGACAGCAGCUCUGACCCUUCGUCCUAACGCUGUGUGCAGCCCAACUUCUCCGACAACCCAGGCCUGGACAAGGCCCAGCGUCUUCUCAAUUUGGGUCGAAAAUCUAGUAACCCCUGCACCUGACAGCAACUGCCGUUCUCGCGGAUCGUCUGUCGCACAACAGUCCUUCAAGCAGCAAAGCCAAUUUGUGUCUGUUUGCGCUCUUGGUGUACGACAGUGCUUAUUGCAGCAACUUUUACAGUUCAUCCGUACCUUUACUAGCAGCACCAACAGCGAUUACUGCUACAGCAAUAGCGGCUGUGACAACGGAAACACCGUCCUACCACGUUACGACGCUUACGUGCCUUUGACUCCUGGCAGCUACAGCGCCAGCGUCAACACCGACACCACCGAACAAGAACAACACCUGCCCGCCGGUAUAACGACAACGGCAACCACCAUGAUGCGCUCGCCGUACCCUAACCACCACAACAACCAGCAGCAACAGCAACCGCUGUACGUUCCCCCAGCUGUCACCUGGUGGCCUCCGACCCGUGACAACCGGAAUCCAGGACCGACACCCUCAUCACCGGCUGCAGCAGAAGCAGCUGCUGCAUCGUCACCGGCUGCGGUGGACGCCAUGCUAAACGCGAUGGGAGAUCCCUUUGACAUGGACCUGAAGGAGGUUGCCGCAGCGGCGGCGGCUGCUGCCGGUGGUGGUGCAGCUGCUGUUGCGCCGGCCGCGGCUGUUGCGGAGGUGGCAGCAGCGGCUGCUGCAGCAGCAGCGGAAGGGAUUGAUGCGGCGGAUUGUGUGAUGGCAGACGCGGAGGGUGCUGCUGCUGCUGGCGGUAACGGCAGUGCCUUCAAGACAGCAGCAGCUGAGCUUUCCGUGGACGUGACUCGGCACAACUUUGCGGCCAUGCUCCCCGUGGUUCGGCGCUACCUGGGUGCAUGUGACUUCUUCUCCUUCGACUGCGAGAUGACGGGGCUGUUCCUGGAGGGGCAGGCGGAGGGAUACCUGGACGACAUGCAGGACAGGUACCAGCGCACAUCCGCCGCCGCGCACGCCUUCAUCAUCACCCAGUUCGGCCUCUCCUGCUUCAAACGCACGCCGGCAGCGGGGGAGGCAGCAGGGGCGGGUGGUGCUGCUGCGCCGCCCAGCUACCGGGCAGCCACCUUCAACUUCUACCUCUUCCCCAGGCCGCCAGAGGGGGGUUCCUCCGCGGCCUCCUCAGUCACUUCGCGACGUUUCACCUGCGAUGCGGGCUCUCUGGCCUUCCUAGCGGCGCAGGGUUUCGACUUCAACCGCUGCAUCUACGACGGAGUGCCCUUCAUGCCGGUACGGCAGCGGGACGACCUCCUGCGUCAGCUGGACCGUGAGAAUGGUGGGUCCAAUGGUGCCGCGGGUGGUGGCGGUGGCAACGGCGGCGAAGUGACCCGUGGGUCGGACGUGGUCCUCUCCAAGCAGGAGGACAUUGAGUUUGUGGAGGGCCUGCUGCGCACUGUUCGGGAGUGGCUGGCGUCCGACUCGGCCGCACCGCUGGACCUGCCGCCCGUCAACAGAUACCUCAGGCUGCUGGCCUACCAGGCCCUAGCCAGGCCCGAGAGCUUCGGUGGGCCCGCGGGGGGCGCCCCCGGCUGGCACCCGGGGUUCUAUGUACGGAAGUCCUACGACAAUCGCAACCUGACCUACCUCCGCCUCAUCCGUUGCUCUUCAGCAGCCGCCGCAGCAGCCCUGGAGGCGCAGGACCGUGCCGCCAGGCGUGCCGAGAUUGCCGCGGCAGCGGGAUUCGCGGCGGUGUGGGAGGCGAUGCGGGAUUGCGGCAGGCCCGCGGUGGGGCACAACUGCAUGUUCGAUGUGGCUUACGGGGUGGCGCAGUUUGGGGAGGGGCGGCUGCCGGCAACGUGGCAGGGAUUCAAGUCCGCCACCGCCUCCUGGUUCCGCGGGGGACUGUACGACACAAAACACAUCUGCCGCCAACUGCCCGAGCUGCUUGGCUCCGAUACCAUGCUGGGAACCAUGUUCCGUGCCCUGGUUCCGCAACCGCCCGAGGCCAUCCCCGCCGCCUCCUCCGUCUCGGCCUUCUCCGCCCUGCCCGCCCGCUUCACAGUUAGCCACUGCCGCGGUUUUGAAAAGUACGUGGCUGUAGCAGCAGGGCAGCUAGCGCACGAGGCGGGCUACGACGCGUUCAUGACAGGAUGCGUGUUUGUAGCCUUGGAAACCAUUCUGGCAGAGCAGCAAAACGCACAAAAGCAGCAGAACUUGACCAAUCAAAUCAACCAGGCAGCCGCAGCUGCGGCAGCAGCAGGGGCAGGGCCGGCAGUGGCUGAGGCGGCCGCCGCCGCAGCCGUUGCUACUGCUACAGCCGGAGGGUCUGCUGCAGCAAUGGAGCCGUACGCAUCUGUAGUGCCGUACGUUUGGCGGCUCAAUGUAACCAGAUCAGAUCUGCCGUACGCGCUGUUGCGGCCUGUCGUACCGGGGGAUUCGACUUCCGUGGAUCCGGUUCCGGAGCGGCCGCUGGUGUUUUACCUGGGAGGGCUGUUGUACGGCAUCAGGGCUAACGAUAUUUACCGGCGCUGCGAAGAGGCGGGGCUAGGAAAGGUUCGCCUCACGUUCCUGCCCGGCAACAACGCGUUCCUCGAGGUGCCCUCCGCGGAGGCAGCUGCGGCGGUGCUGUCGGGGGCUCUAGCAGACAAGGGGCUGAGCGGGGAGGUGAUCCCCUACGCGGACUACCGCGCCCGUAAGGACGCUGCACUUGCGGCAGGCACCUGGCCCAUUCCUGGGUACGGCAGCGGCGGCGGAGCGCCGUACGGAUCCCGUGGCGGCGGUGGCGGUGGUGGUUUCGGUGGCGGCAGCUCGGGCCCUGCCGGUUUCGGCGCGGGUGCUGGGGCGGGGGCGAAUGGAGGAGCAGGAGGAGGGGGUGCUGUGGGUGCAGGUGUGGCGUCCCGUGCGCUCAAGCGGCCGCGUGUGGAGGGAGCAGGAGGAGCAGCGGCAGGUGGGGAGGGGGAGCGACAGGCGGCGGCGAGGACGCCGCCUCCGUCGGUGUUGGUGCCGCCGUCGCCGCCGGGGUUGGGUUUGGUGGUUUCGGCGCCUCCGUCACCGCUCAUGCCGUCGCCGCUGCAGCAGACUCCGAGGGAGAAGGAGCAGGGGGAGGAGCAGGGGCUGCUGGGGCCGAGGCGUGGUGGGGGUCAGCAGGUUGCUCCUGGCAAGUGUGUGGUGAUGUGAGGGGUUUAGGAAGGGAGCGAGCGGUGCUGGAUGGGGGCGGCGGGUUUCCCUGGUAAGUGUGUGGGGAAAGAUGGGGUUAAGAUGAGUGCCGAUAGGCCAGACGGGGUGAAGUGGGAUGGGAUGGGUGGCUUGGGUGCAGUGAGCUUGGGUUUGAGGUGUAUUGCCUGGAGGGGGUACCUGGACAAAAUCAUGGAUGGAUGUGUGCAGUUAAGAGUUUGUGUAUGUCUAGGGUUGCUGACGCUGUGCGCGUGACGAAGAAAAGGUGGCCUGUAGCUUCUAUAAGGAAGAAAGCUUGCAUGCAGCAUUCGAAAGAAGAUGUGCGGCGGUUUCCAGCUGGGUGUACGAACCGAAUCUAGGACCAUCAAUUGUACGGACGAUUGCAUAUGUGUGCUGUAGACUUCUGUGGGUCAUCAACAAUCGAUGCCUCACAAUUAAAGGUGGGUCAUCAACAUUCUUCCAGCACUCAGGAGGGGUGUGAAGAAAAACAUUUUGACAGUAACUGCAGCACUGUGCAUGUAAGAGAAGGGCUGCCAUAGCGGCGGCAGUGAAGUAGAUGGCCAUGUGAAGUAGAUGACGUGCGUGCGAGUCUGUUUGUUCGUUGCGUCGGCUACAGAGGUGUAUUGCAAACCACGCAUGGCUACAUCCUGUUGCCGUUUCAUAGUCUGAAGUGCGCUGUGUGGCUGUAAGCUUAUGUGCCCAUGUACUCACGUGUACAACACCUGUUGUGUUGUGUUGCCCCGCCCAUGUGCUGUUGCGUAUGGUACACCGUACAAAGGUACAAUUAGUUCCUUCAUUACAACUUCACAACCCGACCCGAUCCGCUAU